AUGCAGUUGGUUAAAGAUUUUGCUGAACCAGAUGUUGUUCCAAUUAAUGCGUCAUUAUUCGCUCAUCAUUUCCUAGACUUUUACGUUAGAGAUUUGAAGAAAGACAUUGAUGACUUGUCGAUGAAGAUACCACAAAUUAAACAAGUCAUUACUCAAUAUACAAAUUUGCUCAAUAACGCAAAAGUAAGUAAAGUUUCUUUUAUAUAAUAUUUUGCUAUGGUAUGGUAAAUGUAGCUGAAGGUUCGCUAUGAAAAAAAUUUUUUUUUUGAUAUCAACUGGUCGAGUUUCUUUAGGAGUUUGUACGAGUAGCAGACGCUUUCCAAAAGUCGAUAAGAGAUAAUAAAUUUAAUGCUUGGACUUUGAAUACUCGGUCGAUUAACGACAGAUUGAUGGCAAUGGAAAGGUGUUUUGUAGGACCAGAAGGCCUUCCUGGAUCCCCAGAAAGAAGAAAUGUCUUGUUUUCAGUUAGUGCUUCGAACAGUUAUGCUGGAAAAGUCAUGCCUGGAGUUUAUGAUCAAGUAAGGACCUAUAAUCGUUUUGAUUAUAUAUUAUAUUAUAGUAUGAUUAUUAACGAAUAAUAUUAUUAAAAAACAUAUUACUUUUAGUUAGAAGCAUUAUCAUUAGCCAAAACAGAAAACGAAAGAGAUCAGGUGGCAAAACUUGUGGUUGAGCAAAUCUCUCAUGUACAAUAUGGAGUACAAUGUGCUACUCACACUUUGGGGAUUCAUUUCUAA